CGACCGGAUGCUAACUGUGUUGCUUUCUGUCAAACUGGGGCAUCUUGUUUGCUUAAGGCAAUGUCUGUGUUAGAAAGAGAAGCUAUACAGAAGCAAAUUCAGCAAGACUGGGCGAACAGGGAAUAUAUUGAAAUCAUUAGCGGGAGCAUCAAGAAAAUCGUGGAUUUUCUUACAUCGUUUGAUAUGUCGUGUAGGGCGAGGCUCGCUACCUUAAACGAAAAGCUGACGUCACUGGAGAGAAGAAUUGAGUACUUAGAGGCCAGGGUCACAAAAGGCGACACAACAUUCAAUUAAUCACUAUGUGGUUAUCUGCACACUUGCUAUGCAGGUUUUUUAUGACAUGCAUGGUGCGAGUAGGUGGCCUGCCACAUUCGCGAACACACCAUGAUGGACUAAUUUCAUUUGUGUGGCAUCAAGCUAAUGAAUGCUGAAGUGGAAUUGUGGAGGUGUAAUUUAGCACACCAACUCCCAUUGCCUAAGCAUUGCAUUUACUGACAAAUAUAAAAUUUUAAAGUUGUUGGAGUUGGUAAAUUGAUGGAUUAAUUACUCUUGUAAAAGUUGCUUGUAACUGCCAUUAAAAUGCUUUGUAACAUUC